CGAUUGGACGGCUCAGGGUGACCCGGCUGUAUCGCGAGACGAGAUUGGCAGCAGCGGGGCCGCAUGUGCCCCCGCGCUGGCUUUGUACGCGGAGCCGCCUGCCGGUCCUUUAACAAUGGGCGGCGCGAGCGCCCCGGCGCUGGGCCCGAGCUGAGGCCGGCGCUUCGCGGCCGACUGUCCGCAUCAUGAGCGGGGCCGGCGCCCCAGGCACGCCGGCGGGGCUGGGGCUGUGAGGGCCGCGGUUCCGGACUGAAGUUGCCGCGUCUGGGCAGGCGCGCCGCCCGGUCCCAUGGAGCUGGAGGGACAGUGGUGGCGGGGACAGCUGGCCGCAGACAUUCAUCAAGCGCUUCGAUACAAGGAGCUGAAGUUGCCUUCCUACAAAGGCCAGUCCCCUCAACUAAGUCUCAGAAGGUAUUUUGCUGACCUGAUUGCCAUUGUGAGCAAUCGCUUCACCCUCUGCCCUUCUGCCCGACAUCUUGCUGUCUAUUUGCUGGACUUAUUUAUGGAUCGAUAUGACAUAUCUAUCCAGCAGCUGCAUUUAGUUGCACUUUCCUGUCUGCUUUUAGCAAGUAAAUUUGAAGAAAAAGAAGAUAGUGUGCCUAAGCUGGAACAGCUCAACAGCCUGGGUUGUAUGACUAAUAUGAAUCUAGUAUUAACAAAGCAAAAUUUGCUACAUAUGGAACUGUUACUAUUAGAAACCUUUCAGUGGAACCUCUGCCUUCCAACAGCUGCCCAUUUCAUUGAGUAUUAUCUCUCCGAAGCAGUACACGAAACAGAUCUUCAUGAUGGCUGGCCGAUGAUUUGCUUGGAGAAAACGAAACUCUACAUGGCCAAGUAUGCAGAUUAUUUCCUGGAAGUAUCUUUGCAAGUAGCUGCUGCAUGUGUGGCUUCUUCAAGGAUUAUACUUCGUCUUUCUCCAACGUGGCCUACAAGACUGCAUCGUCUUACUGCUUACUCCUGGGAUUUUUUAGUGCAGUGCAUUGAACGGCUAUUGAUCGCGCAUGAUAACGAUGUGAAAGAGGCAAACAAACAGAGAGGCCAGGCGGGGGCCCAGCCGGCGCAGCUGAGUGUGCUGCAGUCAGCCUCCCAGGCCUCGCGGCCAGUUCACUUUCAGCAGCCCCACUAUCUCCAUCAGACGCACCACACCCCGCUGCAGUACCGCCAUCCUGUAGCCGAGCAGCCAAGCUGCCCGCAGAUUGCAUCUACCACACACACCUCGUCUUACACACUACAGACGUGUCCUGCUGGCUUCCAAACCAGUGUGCAGGGCCUUGGGCACGUGCAGACUGGUGUCGGGAUGUCCCUGGCAAUACCAGUAGAAGUUAAGCCCUGUCUGAAUGUUUCUUAUAACCGGAGUUAUCAGAUAAAUGAACAUUACCCUUGCAUCACUCCCUGCUUUGAAAGGUGAUGUUAUGUGAAGGUAAUUCCUGACCCAGGCUGUUCUGUGACUUGAAGCUCUGGGGCAAGCUUUUUGUAAAGUUCUCUUCAAAAGGAAAGGGAUCCAGAUUGCAUCAGAAUGCUUCGGAUACCAGCAUUAGGAAGACAGAAUAUCCCUUUCAGUGCGCCACGAAUACCGGGGAGGACUGAACCAACACUGCAAACACUUUAACAGUAUGUAUAUCAAAUCCUGUUAAAACACAUCCUUAUAUGACAAAAACUUUCAAGCCCUGGCUGAUGGUCCAAAUAUUUCAAAAAUAUUCAAUACAACAGAAAAUUUGGACAGACUCUAAAUCGCCAUUUUGAGAUUUGAUCUGUGGUGGGCUCUGGGCCUAAUGUUGGCUUAUAUGUCAGAGACUAAUGUUUAUCUGUGGACUUGCCAAAUGGUCUUUUUAUGAAGGAAAGUUACAGUAUUAAUUUUUGAAGAGGUCCUUUUUUUUUUAUUCUGCAGUUUUGAGUUACAUUUUUGGUCUAUAAAUGAAUUUUUGACUGAGUUUAAACUCAUGAAUUGCUAUGCUCUACCAAUCUGUGCAGUAAAAAAAAAAAAUUUUUUUUUAGAUGAGUCUCUAUAACUUCCUAUCUCAAUAUAUAGGUAUCUGGAUUUAUGUACUAAAAUUAAGGGUGGAGUAGAUCUCUUAAAAUCAUGGUCAUAAAUUUUUGUUGUUUUUUUGCCCUAAGUGAUCAACCUCAAAUCUUUAGGAUUAAAACACAUUUAACUCAGGGAAUUUGUACUACUUGGAAACACUUAACUGUAAUGCAACAUGCUUUGGGAAUGUUAUAGUAUGAACUACCUUUAUAACAUAGGUUAAUAACAAUACUCUUGCUAGGAUGUGUUUUCAACUGAGAACCUAAUUGUAGCUUAGAAUGAAUGAAGUGGUUCCUAUCAUUCAUAAUCCAUAUAUAGGUUUUGCAUUUCUCAGUGCAAUCAAUGAUUUAUACUCAGAUUUGCUGUUACUCUAGAAGUUUUUUCAAGGGAAGGCAUAACGGUAAAAUGUCAGUACUAGAAUGAAGUCCUGUAGGUUUAUUUGGAAGUGGAAUGUGGCCAGGGUAGUUCUCAGGUUGUGCUAGAGCAGCACGUUGUCACGUGGAGGGCAAGUUUUACAAGCAGCCUUGCAAUCCAAGCCCAUCUGUGUAUCAGCGAAGGAACCCAGUACUGGACUGCAGCAGCCACUUGGAUUACAUUAGCCCCAGAACGGCCCUGGGACAUUUCACUGUGUCGGUAAUGAGUGAAAACAGCAAUAAGUCGUCAUUACAGCAAGGGCAGUGGGGGGGAGAGAGUUCGGAGGGAAUAAAAAGUAAAAAAGAAAGCAUUGUAAUAACUGAAACUAUACAUUGUGCUCUUAUCUGUGGGAGAAGAGAGAUUUGGUGGAGGGAAGCUUUCUGAUUUAAAAAUUAGUGAGGUGUGUCUUUUUGUUUGUGUUUUUUUAAAGAUAGCACUUGAAUAGAAGGGAAACUGCAUGGCAGGUGUGUGACUGCCACAAUAUGCAUUGAAGACAAACUUAUUAUAAAGACGUUGUGGGUAUGCAGCUGGAGUCUCAGUAAUCACGCCGAUGGCUUUUGUUAGGAAGGGAAGGGACUCAACGCAGUAGUGGAUUGAUCAGAUGGCUCCAGUGGAUAAAUGUGGGUGGGUGGCUUCUGCCAGCGUGAAUUCCUAGAGAAUGUCCUCUCCUUAAAAGAAUGGUAACUUUUAUAAUUAGAGUACAUAGGGCAUGAUGUGGAUUUAUUAGUCUGGUAGAUAAAAAACCACUCAGGUAAGAACACUCACUCAUGUUUUCAACCCUGAAAAUUGUUUUUCUGAAAGUGUAAUCACUUUUCCUCUUUACAGAAGGCUGCUAAUUGGAUUUUGGUAGUUCUUACCUCAAAGAGAGCUUGAAUUAUUUGGGGGAAAGUGGGUUCAAAAGAGAAUAUAUCUUUCACAUUCACAUUCAGAA